GAUGAUGGGUGGGUGUCAUGUGACAGUGAAAUACGGAAGUAAUCCAGCAAACAUCGCAGCUCUGUAGCUUAACGAAGGACCUAAACACUACAAUAACACACCUCGUCAAAGACCAAGACUAAACCGUGAAAAUGGGAUUGGAAGUGGACCAAGCUUCGCUCCGUUUGGAUUCCAAACUGCUGCUGUUCAUGGACCAAUUGGAGGAUUUGGAGAAGAAAAGAGCGAAACUCAAUUCUCUAAUUGAAGAGGGUUGGUUCUCCAUAUCCAAAGCUCGGUACUCCAUGGGGAACAAACAAGUCUCAACGCUUCAAUAUGCCAGCGAAAUGGUUCCUCUUGUUCGCGUCCACACAAAAGUGCUUGAUUCUGGUGAAGCUGAGUUUGAGACGAGACGAGAGGAAGGGCAGGUUUGCGGCGGUGACAAAGAUGACACAGUGGAGGAUAUUGGUCCUCAAGAGGAAAGCACUGCAUCCAGUGAAGGACUUAGAAGAAGAGGGCACAAGAAACAAACUGAGGAGAAGCUAGAGGAGUCCAGCGUACAACAGAAGGCAGCAUCACACAGAACGGCAACAGACCACAAAGACCCUCAGCAAGACCCACUGAAAUGGUUCGGCAUCCUUGUCCCUCAAAACCUGAAGCAAGCACAGUCUGCUUUUAAACAAGUGAUUGAACUUUCAGCUGAGAUCGCAGCGCUACAGGGUGCAGUCUUGGCCUCCAGGAGUGAGCUUCAAGAACUGAUGAAGGAGAAACAGAAGAGCACCGCCACUGGACAGAAGACGGAAGAGACAGAAGAAUGAUGUCAUUAUUAUUAACAUUAAUUUAUAAUGCAUUACAUCAGUAUUCAAUGUCACCCAAAUGUGUUGUCUUUCAGCAGAUUCAGAGAUGUUUACCGGUACAUAUUUUGUUUUCCUUUGUAUUUUAAAAGGGACUUUAUGAACUCCUGCUAUGAAAAAUGUUAAAUAAAUUAUUUAAUUCUAA